GGUGGUAAAACAUAAAAUGUGUAUUUCUUGUGUUUAUCUCGCUAUAAAUCCAUUAAUAGCAACGGGAGUAUACUAAAACGUAUAUUUUUUGAAAGAGGAAUUAAUAAGCAACAAGAUAACGUAUAAACCAAUAAAAUCGAAUGAAUAGUUUUUGCAUAAGAUUGAAUUUACUACAGUAAGGGUCAAAUACUCGAAUCAUCUCCUAUCAAUAUACACUCCGUGAUACAACUGGUAGUUUUAACACACACAUAUAGGUUUCAUUUAAUUAAAAAGUACAGAAAGCUAAAAAGUGAUGUGGUUUGUUGUACAACAACAAUUGGUUAUGUGUAACCUAUUCAAAAAAUAAUUUCGUUCAAGAUAAUUCAAUGUAAUUCUAUAAACGACAAACACACUUCGUGUGUUGUGUAUGUUUAUUUUUAAAAAUGUACAUAAGUGGUUUAAAAGCACAAUUUUUACACAUUUAAGAGGUAAUCGCUCACAUUUAUGUCUAAUUAAUGAUAAUUUUAUGCAUUAGCAAAGAUUUAACGAGAAAAAAUGAAGUUUAAGUUGAACUCAAUUUGCUAUAGGAAAACGACGGUAGCCGUUUAGACGUAAGCGGGGUAGCUUACGUCUAAUUAUUUGGACUAGAAUUAUGUGCAUCGGGCCAUUGUUUACCGUCAUUCCUACAAGAUAUCACCGAUAUCUGUCAAAAGACAUUCUGAAAUCUUACAUUGCCUGUGACGAUAAAUACAGAGACCAGCUCCAAAAACAAAUGUGCCCAGCUGACAUACCUGUAAUCGUUCGAGAAUACACUAUAGCUGUUUAUCCAAAGGUUUUGGACAACUUAAAUGCCAUAGGAAAGGCAGCUUUAGAGGACCUCCAUCCCUGGAUACUGUGCACGUUAAUUGACUGGGAAAGAUUCGACAGAGUUAUAUGUGACAUGCCGGGUUCUACUUGUGAAGGGGCUGAAGGAUCUGUUGUGCAGUUGCCACAGGAAAGUUCCACCGGAAAAAAUUCUGUUGAUCCACCUUCAGUUGACAAAGAAACAAAGCAAACAUCAAGUGCCCAAGAUUCCAACAAUGGAGAACGUCAUGAAUGGAAUGAGGCCGAGACUAAACUACUACUUGACACGACUGCAGAGAACAUGGAAAAACUGAAAACUGCAGAAAACAAAAAUGAGGUGUGAUCUUGCAUUGCAGAUGUUCUCAUAAGACAUGGUUUCAAUGUCACUGUAACUCAGUGCAUAGACAGGUACAAAUAUAUGAAACGAUCAUACAAAGCAUAUCUUGAUAAAAGCAAAAAGUCAGGAAGUGGUAAAUGCUCAUUUAAAUAUGAUGAGAGUGUAACUGCUUCUAGUAGUUCUACACCAGUGUCUGAACCCAAGCGUUAUUGCAGGAGAAGCAUGAUAAAUGAGUUGAAGGAAUUGAUGGAAGAAAGAGAUCAGAGGUUGCUCUCUGCACUUAAGAAAAUGAAUAAUGAGCAAAAUGAGCUGAUGAAAAAACUUAUUGAUAAGUUGUAAACUUAUCUGAACUAAAGAUGUAUUGUUUUAAAGAAUUAGAAAAACUGUUUUAAUUUUGUUGAUUAAUUUUAAUUUGAAGAGUUAAUUUUAAUUACUAUGUUUUUUCAUGCUAGUAAGGCUAUUUUGAGGGUUAAAAGCAUUAUAGUGAACUAACUCACACGAUCGUCAUUUUUAGAAAAAUGGAAUCGAAGUGUUUAAGUGUGCCUUCAACUUAUUAAACAUUGGUGUCAUAUAUCGUAAUUUUGUUAAUAGUCAAUUGUAGGCUUUCAUAGACGAAUGUUUAUUAGUUUAAUUUCUUUAUGUCCCCGGAUCGAUAGAUCGGGGGUAUAUUGUUUUUGGCCUGUCUGUCUGUCAUUCUGUCCCAAAACUAACCUUACAGUAAAGUUUUGCAAUAACUUUUGAAAUAUUGAACAUAGCAACUUGAUAUUUGGCAUGCAUGUGUAACUCAUGUAGCUUCACAUUUUGAGUGGUGAAAGGUCAAGGUCAUCCUUCAAGGUCAAAGGUCAAAAAUUUAAAACUCUAAUAUAGUAAAGUUUUGCAAUAACUUUUGAAAUAUUGAACAUAGCAACUUGAUAUUUGGCAUGCAUGUGUAUCUCAUGGAGCCGCACAUUUUGAGUGGUGAUAGGGCAAGGUCAUCCUUCAAGGUCAAAGGUCAAAAACAAAAGCGGUGCAUUAGGGGGCAUUGUGUUUCUGACAAACACAUCUCUUGUUUUUUUAAUAAAAACAUAAAUUCGUGGGAUAGUUCUUUAUGACAUUCUUUUAUUUCUAAUUCGUAGAUAAAUAUGUCAUAGUCAACCAACCCACAUUGCAAAUGUUUCUCAAUACAAAGGGUUAUUAGCGUAGUCGUCGUGCAAAAACUUUGAUGUGAGUCAUUACUUCUUUGUUAUUUGCAUAUGUUCAUCAAAUUCACAAAUAUUUUUCUUCUUGCAACAAUGCCUAUCCAGAGCUGAAUUUUUUACCUUGACCUCUGAUUUCAACCUUGACUCCUUUGACUCUGAUUAACAGACAAGCAUUGGUUCCCGCGGGAGCUGUUGUAUAUAAACUAUAAUUCUAUGCUAUAUAAAUUUAUUUCCAAACUUAUCACAAUUUUAACAAGAAAGCAUUACAUGCAUAAUAUUUGACAUAGUGAUAUAUUGUCAUAAUGCCCUCACAGUAUGAUUACGUGUAAAAUUAUGACUAAGGGUAUUAAAUGAUGGAACAUUGAUUGAGGCUAAUUAAUUAAAAAUUACUUUCAUGUAGAAUUGCACAAUCUAGUAGUGUACUAAAACAGAUUGCAUAAAUAUAAUUUCCCUAAAUAUUUUACAGAAAAGUAUACUCAAAAUUAUUGAAUUUUUGGGUGCCUUUGACAUACAAUGAAACUAAAGGAAUUUUCCUACCUUCAUUUUGGGGCUGAAAUAUGGCUCAAAUGCAGUAUACCUAUUUUUCUAUAUCUCUUCAAUGAAAUCCUAAUUUACAAUUUCAAAAUUUUAACACCUAGAUUCUUAAAAAUUAAUCAUCAUUUUCCAAUUUUGAAGUCUGUAAGAAAUCAAUAACUCAUUUUUGUGAAAAUGUGGUUUACUUCACUAUUGCUUUUCACCAGCCAUUUGUUUGACAAUUUUUGUAUUUUAUUUCAUUUUUAUGCUCCCCCCAAAUUUUUUUGGGGGGAUCAUAUAGUCGCCGCUUCCUCUGUCCGUCCGUCCGUCCGUGCACAAUUUUUGUCCGGGCUAUUUCUCAGCAACUAAUAACGGAUUUCAAUAAAACUUUAUGGGAAGCUUCACUACCAAGAGGAGAUGUGCACAUUAUCAGUGGGUUCUGGUCGGAUGAUUUUUCACAGAGUUAUGGCCCUUUGAAAUUUUCCAUUAACUGUACAUAUAGUGCAAUUCUUGUCCGGGCUAUUUCUCAGCAACUGAUGACCGGAAUUCAAUGAAACUUUAUGGGAAGCUUCACUACCAAGAGGAGAUGUGCAUAUUUUCAGCGGGUUCUGGUCGGAUGAUUUUUCACAGAGUUAUGGCCCUUUGAAAUUUUCUAUAAACUGUACAUAUAGUGCAAUUCUUGUCCGGGCUAUUUCUCCCCAACUACUGACUGGAAUACAAUGAAGCUUUAUGGGAAGCUUAACUACCUUGAGGAGAUGCGCAUGUUAUUUGUGGGUUCUGGUUAGAUGAUUUGUUUAGAGAGUUAUGGCCCUUUGAAAUUUUUAAGUUGCUAAACCAUCCAUCGUAUUAUUUUGUCUAAAGUUAUGCCCCUCAAGAUGUUUCCUUUUAUCUGAAUAUAUAGUGCAAUAUUGUGAAAAAAAAACUUUAGGGAGCAUCACCAGUCCCCGAAGGUUUCU